AUAGAGUAAUUUUUAAGUACUGCAUAUGAGCAAGAUGUCUAUGAAAUCGCUCUCAUUUCUGCUGCUACUACAGCUGACUUGCUAUUUUAACUCUGGGUUUUGUGGAAAGGUGCUGGUGUGGCCAGUGGAAUUUAGUCAUUGGAUGAAUAUGAAGGCAGUUCUGGAUGAACUAGUCAUGAGGGGUCAUGAGGUGACUGUUCUAAUAUCUUCAGCUUCCACUAUUACUGAUGCCAACAAACCAUCUGCUUUUAAGUUUGAGAUUUUCCCUGUAUCUUUAACUAAAGAUGAUUUUGAAAAUGCUGUCAAGAAUUUGAUUGAGAAAUGGACAUAUAUGGCAAAAAAUUCAUUUUGGACAAAUGUUUCAUCAUUGAGAGAAUUGAAAAGUUUACUUUGGGAAUUUUCUGGAAUGCUUAUGAAAAUGUGUAAAGAAGUUGUUUCAAAAAAGAAACUUAUAACAAAACUACAGGAAUCAAGGUUUGAUGUCCUUCUUGCAGAUGCCGCUGGACCCUGUGGUGAGCUGCUUACUGAGCUACUUAGAAUUCCUUUAGUGUACAGUCUCCGUUUUUCGCCUGGCUAUUUGUUUGAAAAAUAUAGUGGAAAACUUUCAUUCCCACCAUCCUAUGUGCCUGUUAUAUUUUCAGCAUUAAGUGAUCACAUGACAUUCAUGGAAAGGGUCAAAAAUAUGCUAUAUGUACUUUAUUUUGACUUCUGGUUCCAAACAUUUGAUGAGAAGACAUGGAACGAGUUUUACAGUGGAGUACUGGGUAGACCCACUACAUUUUUAGAGACAAUUGGAAAAGCUGAUAUGUGGCUGAUUCGAACCUAUUGGGAUUUUGAAUUUCCUCGCCCAGUGCUGCCAAAUUUUGAAUUUGUUGGAGGCCUCCACUGCAAACCUGCCAAACCCCUACCUAAGGAAAUGGAAGAGUUUGUUCAGAGCUCUGGAGAAAAUGGUAUUGUGGUGUUUACUUUGGGGUCAAUGAUCAGUAACAUAACAGAAGAAAAAGCCAAUGUAAUUGCAUCAGCUCUUGCCCAGAUUCCACAAAAAGUUCUAUGGAGAUAUGAUGGCAAGAAACCAGAUACCCUAGGGCCCAAUACUCGUCUGUAUAAGUGGAUACCCCAGAAUGACCUUCUUGGUCACCCAAAAACCAAAGCCUUUAUAACUCAUGGUGGAACCAAUGGCAUUUAUGAGGCUAUCUACCAUGGGAUCCCUAUGGUGGGCCUUCCUUUGUUUGCUGAUCAACCUGAUAACAUUGUGCGAGUGAAGGCCAAGGGAGCAGCUGUCAGAGUGGACUUGGAAACAAUGUCAUCAAGAGAUCUGCUCAACGCAUUGAAGGAAGUCAUUAACAAUCCUUCCUACAAAGAGAAGGCUAUGUGGUUAUCCACCAUUCAACGCAAUCAGCCUAUAAAGCCCCUGGACCGAGCAGUCUUCUGGAUUGAGUUUGUCAUGCGCCACAAAGGAGCCAAGCACCUGAGGCCAGCAGCCCACAACCUCACCUGGUUCCAGUACCACUCUCUGGAUGUGAUUGGGUUCCUGCUGGCCUGUGUGGCAACUGUUGUAUUUGUCACCACAAAAUGCUUUCUCUUUUGUUACCGCAAGUUUGCUAAAACAGGAAAGAAGCAAAAAAGGGAGUAGCUGAAGGCGUUAUGCCCCUAGAUGGAACUCCUCCAGUUUAUUCCAGCACAAAAGAGUUAUGAUGAGCUUCCCCUGUGACAAAACAACAAUUCACAAUUUAGCAUCAAAAUUGUUUUCAAGAGAUUUUAUACCUGUUUACAAAUUAGAAAUAAGUCAUGCCAAGAAUAAAACUGGUGAAAUCUCCAGUGAGAAUAAAGCUAUAGGGUAUAUAUUGAAAUGUACUCUUUUAAUUCAAAAGCUAUACUGAAAGAUUGAAUUUAACUGUGUUUCACAGGUUAUGCAUAGUACAAGUACAGUAACAAAUCUAUUCAUAGUAUCCAUAUUAUAUUGUAGAUAUUCAGAAUUUUUACUCUAUUUUGGUAUAGAAUUCUACAGUUUUGUCUUGCUAUAGAAGCUAUUCAAUAAUUGGAAUUGUAUCAAAAGAUGCACCCCUUCAUUUUAUUUGUGAGACCACUAACACUUGGAUUUUACUAUCCAUCCAGCCUCAGCAUCAUUUUUUAACCUAAAGCCAUGGCAAGUCAUUUGCCUUCAUCCAUUUUAGCUUGUUUAGCAGUGGAAUAUUUGUUGAAUUAGGAAUAUAGCAACUGCUACCUGCUUCAUAGUAUAAAACUGAGAUAUUUCUGAAAAUCUUUGAUUUCAUUACCUAAUUCUCUAUUUUUGAUUGUCUUUAAAAUUAGUCAGCUUAUUGGGAGUUUAAAUUGGUACAACCACUAUGGAGAAUGAUAUGAAGUUUCCUUAAAAAUCUACAAUUAGAGCUACCAUAUGACCCUGCAAUCUCCUCCUUAGCAUGUAUCCAGAGGAAAGCAUAAUCCAAAAGGAUACAUGCACUGUCAUUGUAGCACUGUUUACAAUAGCUGAGACAUGAAAGCAAAUUAAAAGCCCAUUGAAAGAGGAAUGGAUAAAGAUGAGGCACAUAUAUACAAUGGAAUAUUACUCAGCCAUUAAAAAUAAUAAAAUAAUACCAUUUACAGCAACAUGGAUGAACCUAGAGAUUGUCAUACUCAGUAAAAUAA